GUGAGCCGAACAUUCUCGAUGGUGGGUGUUUACUGAGUUGUGACACUGAUGUCAUCCAUAAAGUGGACAUUUUAGUGUUACUUCUUCAGCUUCAGGCAAGCUACCGUGACCUGAAGCCUGUACCGUGCUGCUGAAGCCUACCUGGGACACAUUUUGCCGGAAAUACUGCAGAAAUGAGGAAGAAAAUAAGUCAUCCCAUGUUGUUGACUGGUGCCACUACAGGUUCCCUAGACGGCGCUAAUAUGCAGUGCCAGUGUUUGUACGGCCAGUGAUGAAAAGAUUAAGCGCCUUACUGAUGUAUGAAUGCAGAUUACAAAUUACCACCACCACCACUAUCGCCAUCUUUAUCUUUAGAUCUGUGGUGUCCAGAUGUGCUGCCUUCGGUCGUGACUUCAAGAGAACCAUAACGACCCAACAUACUUCAUGUUGGAUAUUUGCCUACUCACUCAUCGCCGAGUCUGCUUAUCGACUUAACUGUGCAGUAUUAUGGCAUCAAAGGAUUUUUGAUCUCUUGCAUCGGGAGGUAAAGGAGGCCACUGCAAUGGACGAGUGUGAAGGGCAGGAACUCCUCUCUUGGGACCUUUAUUUUCACCACAAGGCCAGCGCUGUGAGCAGGGGAGGAGGAAGGCUUGGUGCAGCAGCAGUGAUUGACUUGUGGUUUGAAGGUGGUGCAGGACAAAGGUUAUUGCCGCCUAUACAGCAACAAUGUGGGAGAUCUGACAUGACGCGGUUCAUCUGUAUGGACAGCCCUGGGUCCUCAUCAGCAGAUUGAAAACAUCUCUCCAGCCUGGUGGUGACAAGGGAAACAAGAAAGAAGAGGUGGCACAAGACAGAUAAGGAAGGUGAACACUAGGGGUGGGCGCUUAACGACUCCGGAGUCGACUCCGCGCCUUAACGACUCCAGUCACAGCAGUGUGUAAAAGUGUAUUAUACUGCUUGAGCCUUGAGGUGACGAUUUUACUUUUAUUUUGACGAAACUGACGAGAAUGUUGUAUAUGUAACUUUGAACAAAUAAAAAAAAAAA